CCGUCCUUGAAAAAACAGAAAAGCCGUCGUCCUCUUUCUUGCGCGUACGGUUUUUGGUGCGGAGCAUUUCACUGAAAGCAGAAACGGGAAAAAAAAAAUUCCCAUUUUCAGAGUUUCUACACAUUCCCGCCAGAUUUCAAGCUAUUGAAGAAAGGGCCCUAAUAUAGUAUAUGUGGAAGAUUUCAUUCCAAGCAAUGUGAGGUGGUCAUCAUUGCAGCUGAGGUCGGGAUGUCCAAACCUUUACUUGAAUAGCCGUAAUGAGUUGUUAUUCAUGUGCAGUUUCUCUCAUGGUGGCAAAGGUUUUCUAGCAGCUAAUCCUAGUUUCCACACCACUACCAAACGCAUUGAGGGGCAUCCUACUAAACCAGGGAAAGAGAGUGAUUUAUAAGGGGAAACAUUAAACUUCAUCUGGCUGCCCCUUAAAUUAUGUCCACGUCCUAAGAAGUUCCAGCUUCUAUCUUCACCCGAUGCCCAAAACUUGACAUCAUGCCAUUUUGAACAUCAUUCUAGUUGCUGGCUUCAUCCUCAACUUGAUGGGGAGUUAUUAAGUGCAGUGUUCUACGGUCCUUCGGGAAAAUGCCUCGCAAAGUAUAUCAUGGAGUUGAUUAUGAUGAAGAAUAUGAUGAUUACUAUGAUGAUUAUGACUAUGAUUAUGAUGUAGAAGUAGAUGAAGGGGAAACAUCUCAGGGAGACAAGGCAGUUGCGAAGUCUGGGCUUUGGCGCUGCUCCAUUUGUACAUAUGAUAACGAUGAAAGUUUGUCUUCAUGUGAUAUAUGUGGAGUUUUUCGGGAUUCUUCCGUCAACAUUUCCAAUAAUGGUGCUGAGAAAAAAGUUGAUGGCAUGUGCAAAGAUUCUGGAGUAUCGGUUAUGGCCAAGUCUCUUUUUGCAUCAUCGCCUCGUGGAACGCCCAAAAUGGAUAUAAUCUUUCAGCAGCUAAGUUAUGAUUUUCUCAGUAAAGGGACCAAUAACUCCCAUGGGUUUGGAAAUAUUCGUGGACAUUUUAAUGAUUUCCAGAAAGCUUUUAUGGCUCCUUACUGCAGUCACUCUAGAGAUAUAGCCCCUUUCAAGUUUGAUAACCUCUCUCCAGAUGAUAUGGUUUCAGCUGGGAAGAGUUCCUCUAUGAAGGCUUCAAAAGCCCCUUUCAAGUUUGAUAACUUCUCUCCACAUGAUAUGGUUUCAGCUGGGAAGAAUUCUUCUACGAAAGCUUCAAAAGCCAACACUUUGCAGUUGCCACCUUCAAAAGUGUCUUCAAGCACCAGUGAGAUGAAAAUUCUCCCAAACGAUAAAAUGAGAGGGAGUUCGUCGGCCUUGUCGACUAAAGCUCGUCAACCUAAUCAAGAUGAGAGCACCGGUUCUGCUGUCAAUGAGGACAAGCCACAGGCCCUGAUGAGCAAUUUACGCAAUUUGAAUUUGGAUAGAAACACUGGAUCUUCGAAAAGUUCUACAAAUACUAGAAGACCGACGUCACAUGCCCAGUAUAAGCCAGAAAAAUGGAUGCUUCCCAUUCAGGAAGAAAAAACCCUGACUCAACUAAGUCUUGCAAUCGUUGGCCAUGUUGAUUCUGGAAAAUCAACACUAUCGGGGAGACUGCUACACCUUAUGGGCCGGAUUUCUCAGAAGGAAAUGCAUAAAUUUGAGAAAGAGUCCAAACAAAAGGGGAAAGGAUCAUUUGCAUAUGCAUGGGCACUAGAUGCGAGUGGUGAAGAAAGGGAAAGAGGUAUAACCAUGACAGUGGCUGUCGCAUAUUUCGACUCAAAGAAAUACCAUGUUGUUGUGCUCGACUCUCCAGGACAUAAAGAUUUUGUUCCGAAUAUGAUAUCGGGUGCUACACAAGCAGAUGCUGCUAUUCUUGUUAUAGAUGCCUCUAUUGGUUCAUUUGAAGCCGGUAUGGAAGGAAAUGGAGGAGGGCAAACAAAGGAGCAUGCACAACUUAUUAGAAGUUUUGGCGUUGAACAGAUCAUUGUUGCUGUUAAUAAAAUGGAUGUUGUGGAGUACUCCAAGGAAAGGUUUGAUAACAUAAAAUUGCAACUCGGCACAUUUCUCCGUUUGUGUGGGUUCAAGGAAUCGUUGAUGAUGUGGAUCCCUUUGAGUGCCAUGGAAAAUCAGAAUUUGGUGGCUGCUGCAUCUGAUGCCCGUUUAUCAUCUUGGUAUGAAGGACCACAUUUGUUGGAUGCCAUCGAUUCGUUGCAACCUCCUUUGAGGGAUGUCUCAAAGCCACUUCGUAUGCCCAUAUGUGAUGUCAUCAAGUCACAUUCGUUGGGCCAGGUAGCAGUUAACGGUAAACUGGAGAUGGGAGCUCUAAAAAAUGGUUCUAAGGUUCUAGUAUUGCCUUCAGGAGAUUCAGCCACAGUGCGGUCCAUUGAACGGGAUUCUGGCACGUGCAGCAUUGCAAGAGCAGGAGACAAUAUAUCAGUCAGUUUGCAAGGCAUUGAUGGAAAUUGCCUGAUGACAGGUGGAGUGCUCUGUCACCCAGAUUUCCCUGUGGCGAUUGCGACAUGUUUGGAGCUGAAGAUCCUUAUCUUGGAUAUUUCAAUGCCAAUCCUAGUUGGGUCUCAGGUGGAGUUUCACGUGCAUCAUGCAAAGGAGGCUGCGAAAGUGGUGAGGAUAUUGUCUCUGCUUGAUCCAAAGACAGGCAAGGUCUCUAAAAAGGCACCGCGCUGUCUUCUAGCAAGACAGAGUGCAGUAAUAGAGGUGGCUCUGGAUAGGGCAGUUUGUGUUGAAGAAUUCUCUAAUUGUAAGGCUCUUGGGAGGGUUUUCUUGCGAUCGUCGGGAAAGACUGUUGCAGUAGGGAUCAUAAACAGAGUAAUCGAACAGAACUAGUUCGGAAGAGGUCAGUCCCCAUCUCAACAGUAGAGCACCAGGCUGCCGUUGCUGUUCUGGUGAUGAUUGCCAAAAGAGAAGAUACAAAGAAGAGCUUCAGCAUCCAUAGACCUUCGCCUUCAGAAACAGGGUGUAGAAUUACUUAGGUUGGGUCUUGGUUGACCAAACAGGUGCAAUGUGGAUUUUUCCAAGCCAUUGAAGAAUGCUUGUCUGCAAUGUGCCUACGCAAAGCAUUGGAAACUGCAUAGCCUAUAUUGUGACACGGCUACACCUUUUUUUAAUAGAAACAGAAAGUGCAUCUUCACCAUUGGUUUUGCCA